GUCACGGUGACCACACCCAAACCCGGAAGUGUCGGCCGGUCUGCCGCAGCAGUGGAGGAACGUUCGGGAUCGAACAAUGGCGUCUCUCUGGUGACUGCCUGUAAACAAACGUGCGACAGCGGUGAAGUGUUCAUGACGGAGCAGCGCGUCCAUUAGGUUUUGUUGUUGUGUCGUCGUCGUCGUCGUUGUUGUUGACAGUCGGGAACGCGCAGAUUUGAGCUAACGUCACAGUGGAGCUGACGCACCUCGAUCCUCGGAGCUAACGGACACAAGACUCAAACAUGCCAAAGGAGGCAGAUCACCAGGAGGGAGGAGGAGACGAGGAGGGGUCGAAUGAGGAAAGGGCUGAGGAGACGACGAGUAAGAGAGAGCGGGAAAAUAUACCCUGCGGACAAACUCCACAAGCGAGCGCUGUCAAGUUCGUCUCUGUGGAGCAGAUGAUGCACACGGCCAAAGGUGUCUCCAACAUGACUCUGGCUCAUGAAAUCAUGGUCAACCAGGCGUUUCAAGUCAAACCUGCAGCGCCACCUGAAGGAAGUUUGGAGCAGAGAUUGAAGGAGGUUAUGCACAAAGCAUUCUGGGAUACCUUGGAAGAACAGUUGAAGGAGGAUCCACCGUCGUACACACACGCCAUCAAACUACUCGCUGAAAUCAAAGAGAUUCUUCUGUCUUUGUUUCUGCCGAACCACGGCCGUCUGCGCGCCCGCAUCUUGGAGGUCCUGGACCUGCCCCUGAUCCAGCAGCAGGCGGAGAAUGGAGCUCUCGACAUACGUAAACUGUCCCAGUUCGUCAUCGGGAUGAUGGGCUCGCUGUGCGCCCCCUGCAGGGACGAGGACAUCAACAAGCUGAAGGACAUCACAGAUAUUGUGCCGCUGUUCAAGGCGAUAUUCUCAGUUCUUGACCUGAUGAAGUACGACAUGGCAAACUUCGCCCUGAGCAGCAUCAGGCCUCAUUUGAUGCAACAGUCUGUUGAGUAUGAGAGAGGCAAAUUCCAGGAGUUUCUGGAGAAACAACCAAAUGCCUUAGACUACACUGAGAAGUGGCUGGAGGACACAGUGAAGUACCUGAGAGAGGCCAACCAGGACAGUUCCAGUGCUGCCUCCUCCAACCCUCCCUCACUCCUCCCCCUUAAUGUCCACAAUCAGGCCUAUCUACGUCUGAUGAGGUGGGACCACGCCUCAGACGCCUUCCCAGAGACAGUGUUGAUGGAUCAGGCUCGAUUCCAGGAGAUGCAGCAGAAGGCUGAUCAGUUAGUCCUGCUCUCCUCUGUGCUCCUCAUCGUCUACACCACAACAGGGGAGGCCAUCUCAGGCCUGCCGGGGCUGAUGGAGACUCUUAAAACCACCGUCAACGUCAUGAUUACAGACAUGCACAAACCGUCUUUCAGUGCACAGGAGGCCUUAGCCACCAUCGGAGAGAAGAUGUGUGUUGAGCUGAGUCAGUGUCUGAGCCAACAUGGCUACUCUCCUUUCACCGCUGACAGAAAGAGCAUUCUGAAGGGACAGAUCUCUGCCACCAUCCAGCCAGACAACACAGUCCGCAAGCUGAUGGACUCCCGGGUUCAGACCUAUCUCCUGGCUUCCCUGGAGUCCAGUCAACAGAAGACCCCUGUUCAUCUCCCAGGAGGUCUGGCUCCGGUCAGCAAGGAGAUGAAGGAGCUGGCUGUCCAGUUCAGUUGCCUGGUCAACUUCAACAAGCUGGUCUUCUCCCCGUUCUACCAGAAGAUUCUCCAGAAUAUACUGACACCCAGCACGGAGACGUAAACACAGACAAGUGGUGAACCCAGGUUUAGUUCUGCAGUUUCUCCCUCACAAGUAACCUUUCAUUCUAAGAGAAAAGAGUUGACGCCUCAAACUGACGUAAUGAAAAAUCACUGACCACCAUCCCUACUGCAUUUACUCACAGUGUUGCUUAUUUUAUAAAUCUCAUGUACCUAUGUGCUUUGUCAAAUGGUUAGCAUCCUUAGGUACGGUAUGAAACAUCUAAGAUAUAUAAUCAAUAAUAAUAAUAAUACUAAUUAAAUAUUAAGGCUACAAGUCCAGACCUUUAUAUAUCAAGUGUUUCAGUAGGAAAUCAGUCUUCACUGGUCAAUAAUUUCCGGAGUUAAGUGUAUGUCCUCUUGCUUUUAGACCUGGAAGCUUUACAGUAUGUUCAUAGCCCAGGAAACCGCCUCUAUCUCUGCCAAUAUUUAGUUACUGAGCUUUCUCAGCCUGUUGUGUUCAGACAGAAAUGUGUUUAUAUAUAAAAACGAACUUGAAGGGAGAACGCGCGCACCUGUACGACAAUGUCAUCUACAUUUGUCGAACCAGCCGCAGUUUAAAACCCCGUUGACCUUUUGAACUGCAUGUUGAAAGCCUCUCUGAGGGUCUGAACAUUUGCGCUGGCUCAUAGGGAAUUAAAAGAUUUGCUGUGCAGCAGGGGCCAAUACCACGCAGUGUCUAAAUGUUAUCAUGACAUUCAUACAAAGCCAGGCUAUAAAUGAAUAGAGUGAUACGUACGUCGCUUUCACCUUUUUAAAAUUCCUCAAACACAAAUAGGAGCGUGGAGGGUGUGUGGAGUUUUUAUAUCCGCUGCAUGUAAAUGGAUAAGAUACUUCGAGGUAAACGUGAGGAGGGAAAUCAGACUUUUGUUAUGAACGAGCUUGAAGUGUUACUGAGCUUUUUUAGUUUACUUCAGUCACACUCACACCUUUCACCUCUGAUAGUGUUAAAGAUAGUUAGGAUAUUAAUUCUUGACAUUCACGUUGCUUUGUCUGACAAGUUUCUAAUGCUGAAUUUUAGCUCGUGUUAUUAUUUAUUAGUAAUUAUUGAGUUUUUUUUUUUACUGGUAAUAACACAGUGUGACAAAGUAAAGUAAUGUAUUAGGAUGAUUUUUCCUGUUUAUGUGUUUGCUUGUCUGCCAAAAUGUUAACAGUUGUAAAAAUGCAAAGUUCAGCAACAUGCGGUAAAACCAACACAGUAAAAAAAGUCGUAUCCUGAAUAACAAUGACGUAUAUGUGUCCAGCAGCAAAUAGUAUUCUGUUUUAUUUCAAAGCUUAUGAUACUCAGUAUUAUUGCCUGUAGCUCGUGAUAACACCUUUCUGUCCCCCUGACUCGCUUUGUGUUUGAGUUUUGUUUGUUUAUGAAGUCACAGUGGAAUUUUCGUGACCUUUCGUGAAUCCCAAUUAAAAAGUGAAACUGA